CAUCUUGCAUCAGCCUGUGGAUGUAUGCCUACCGCCGGGCGCCUUCACCGGCAAAGUGGAAAAAGAAGCGUCUCACAACAAAUCCUUCCUUUUGGGUUGGGGGAACGCGGUGGAUUACAGCUCUGUUUUCUCCUUUCAAAACUGUUCACUCCUGGAUGAACGGAGAUCUACAACCGGUCUGGGGUUCAAUGCUCUAGGAAGUUCCGAGGCUGGUGGCUUGAAGCAAGGAAGCUGCAAUAAUUGAAGAGAAACAGAGGCCAGCUGUUCUUGAAGAUCUCGUUCCUCAGAGAAUGUUCUGCACCUGUUGAUGCUCCAGUUCCAACACCAUCUUCUGAGAUGAUCCUGAUUCCCAGAAUGCCCUUGGUGCUGCUCCUGCUGCUGCCUAUCUUGAGUUCUGCAAAAGCUCAGGUUAAUCCAGCCAUAUGCCGCUAUCCUCUGGGCAUGUCAGGAGGCCACAUUCCAGAUGAGGACAUCACAGCUUCCAGUCAGUGGUCAGAAUCCACAGCUGCCAAAUAUGGAAGGCUGGAUUCAGAAGAAGGGGAUGGAGCCUGGUGUCCUGAGAUUCCAGUGGAACCCGAUGACCUGAAGGAGUUUCUGCAGAUUGACUUGCACACCCUGCACUUUAUCACUCUGGUGGGGACCCAGGGGCGCCAUGCAGGGGGCCAUGGUAUUGAGUUUGCCCCCAAGUACAAGAUCAAUUACAGUCGGGAUGGCACUCGCUGGAUCUCUUGGCGGAACCGGCAUGGAAAACAGGUGCUGGAUGGAAAUAGUAACCCCUAUGACAUUUUCCUAAAGGACUUGGAGCCACCCAUUGUGGCCAGAUUUGUCCGCUUCAUUCCGGUCACUGACCACUCCAUGAAUGUGUGCAUGAGAGUGGAGCUUUAUGGCUGUGUCUGGCUAGAUGGCUUGGUGUCUUACAACGCUCCAGCUGGACAGCAGUUUGUACUCCCUGGAGGCUCCAUCAUUUAUCUAAAUGAUUCUGUCUAUGAUGGAGCCGUUGGGUACAGCAUGACUGAAGGGCUGGGUCAGUUGACAGAUGGGGUGUCUGGCCUGGAUGAUUUCACCCAGACCCAUGAAUACCACGUGUGGCCCGGUUAUGACUACGUAGGCUGGAGGAAUGAGAGUGCCACCAAUGGUUACAUCGAGAUCAUGUUUGAAUUUGACCGCAUCAGGAAUUUCACUACAAUGAAGGUCCACUGCAACAACAUGUUUGCUAAAGGUGUGAAGAUCUUUAAGGAGGUACAGUGCUACUUCCGCUCUGAAGCCAAUGAGUGGGAACCUAAUGCCGUCUCCUUUCCCCUUGUCCUGGAUGACGUCAACCCCAGUGCUCGGUUCGUCACAGUGCCUCUCCAUCACCGCAUGGCCAGUGCCAUCAAGUGCCAAUACCAUUUUGCUGACACCUGGAUGAUGUUCAGUGAGAUCACCUUCCAAUCAGAUGCUGCGAUGUACAACAACUCUGGAGCCCUGCCCACCUUACCUGUGGCACCUACAACCUAUGAUCCAAUGCUUAAAGUCGAUGACAGCAACACUCGGAUCCUGAUUGGCUGUUUGGUGGCCAUCAUCUUCAUCCUUCUGGCCAUCAUUGUCAUCAUUCUCUGGAGGCAGUUUUGGCAGAAAAUGCUGGAGAAGGCUUCCCGGAGGAUGCUGGAUGAUGAAAUGACAGUCAGCCUUUCCCUGCCAAGCGAGUCCAGCAUGUUCAACAAUAACCGCUCCUCAUCGCCAAGUGAGCAGGAGUCCAACUCCACUUAUGAUCGCAUCUUUCCCCUUCGCCCUGACUACCAGGAGCCGUCCAGGCUGAUACGAAAACUCCCAGAAUUUGCUCCAGGGGAGGAAGAGUCAGGCUGCAGCGGCAUUGUGAAGCCGGUCCAGCCCAAUGGGCCUGAGGGGGUGCCCCACUAUGCAGAGGCUGACAUUGUGAACCUCCAGGGCGUGACUGGAGGCAACACCUACUCAGUGCCUGCUGUUACCAUGGACCUGCUCUCAGGAAAAGACGUGGCUGUGGAAGAGUUCCCCAGGAAACUCUUAACUUUCAAGGAGAAGCUGGGAGAAGGCCAGUUCGGGGAGGUUCAUCUCUGUGAAGUGGAGGGAAUGGAAAAAUUCAAAGACAAAGAUUUUGCCCUAGAUGUCAGUGCCAACCAGCCUGUCCUGGUGGCUGUGAAAAUGCUCCGAGCAGAUGCCAACAAGAAUGCCAGGAAUGAUUUUCUUAAGGAGAUAAAGAUCAUGUCCCGGCUCAAGGAUGCAAACAUCAUCCGUCUUCUAGCUGUGUGCAUCACUGAUGAUCCUCUCUGCAUGAUCACUGAGUACAUGGAGAAUGGAGAUCUCAAUCAGUUUCUUUCCCGCCAUGAGCCCCCCGAUUCUUCCUCCAGCAACGUACCCACAGUCAGUUAUGCCAACCUGAAGUUUAUGGCUACCCAGAUUGCCUCUGGCAUGAAGUACCUUUCCUCUCUUAAUUUUGUCCACCGAGACCUGGCCACACGAAACUGCUUAGUCGGUAAGAACUAUACCAUCAAGAUAGCUGACUUUGGAAUGAGCAGAAACCUGUACAGUGGUGACUACUACCGGAUCCAGGGCCGGGCAGUGCUCCCUAUCCGCUGGAUGUCUUGGGAGAGCAUCUUGCUGGGCAAAUUCACUACAGCAAGUGAUGUGUGGGCCUUUGGGGUGACUCUGUGGGAGACUUUCACCUUUUGCCAGGAGCAGCCCUAUUCCCAGCUGUCAGAUGAACAGGUCAUUGAGAAUACUGGAGAGUUCUUCCGAGACCAAGGGAGGCAGACGUAUCUCCCCCAGCCUGCCAUUUGCCCUGACUCUGUGUAUAAGCUGAUGCUCAGCUGCUGGAGAAGAGACACCAAGCACCGUCCCUCGUUCCAGGAAAUCCACCUUCUGCUCCUUCAACAAGUGGACGAGUAACGCUGUCAAUGCCUGGCGACGUUCUGAUGGCCCAGGUCCUCCUCACAAGACCUACCACUCACCCACGCCUAAGCCACUCCAUCUGGACGUUGAAUGGGCCUGAGAGACAGAGGCUGUUUGCUUUUCUCUCUCUCUGUCCUCGUCUCCCUCCACUCCACUCCCUCACUGUCUACCCCCAACCCAUAUAUACAUUUUUUUUUUACAUUAAAGAACUAAAAAAGAAAAAAAAAGCCUAGGGCAGAUAAAAUCUAGUAAAGAAAUCUUACUUGAUAUACCAAAGUGUUGGAUAACGAAGGCUAGAUAAUUUAGAUAAUUUAUAAAGGUUAAAUAUGCUUGUGUUUAUAAAUGUGCAGAUUCUACAAUAUUUUUUCUCUACGUCACCUUUAAAAAAAUAUUUUCAGAAAGAAAAACUUGAAGAGUACUAAUUCCUUAGGAAACAUGAGAUUAGGCUUAGGGAAAACCCUUGGUAAGUGUGGAGAAUCUGAUGAAAUGGUAUUCAGUAACUGAUCACAGAUGGCUUAGUUUCCUAAUUUGGCCUCUGGACAUGUCCUAUACUCCACAUUUCCCUCUCUUGUCAAAGUAGAUGAUACGUGCUUGGAAAACUCCAGCUUCUUGGAAUGGGUGUUUUGUUCAUUCACAGGUAGGGGUCAGGGUUGAGGUCCAUAUACAUUGGAAAUACAGAGGAUGUGCAUAGGAAAGAAUGUUUACUGCAAGGUGGUAUGAAGGGGAAUUGUCAUUUGCAAACAAAGAGUACCUCAUGCACGGAAGGAUCCUUGACUAGAGAAUGGACACAGGAAAGGAGGCCUAUGGAGGACAGGUAACAGGUGUGCUAUUCUUUUCUGCGGUGGAUCCCUCCUCUUUAUCCUGUUCAGACAUUUUCAGGUGUGUGUUUUAGUGAGAGCCUGAUUUUGAAUCAGUAAAAACUGGUAUUUCGAGAUCUUGAUCUUAGACCCUUUGGUUCAUCUUCUCCAAAUCUUCCAGCUCUUUUAAUGGCUGAAUCACCUAUGGGACCUGUGGGCUGGGGUUGAAUUUCUCAGGCAUUCAUAUCUGAAGGCCAUGCACAAUACGGUAUAGAUCUGUCCUGAGUGUUCCCAAAGGGUUGACCUAGGACCAAUGAGGGGAAGUUACAGGGAGAUUGACUUCCACUCCUUAUUAGAGAAAACACAGCCAGAGGCAGACCAUACAAGGAGGAGUGGGCUGUCUCCAGAGUGGGGAGUCCUUUGUCACUGAAAAGGUUCAGAUAUAGGCUGAAGAACUAGGCAGGAAAGAUGUAGGCUUUCAACCAUAUCAAACAAGAUAAGUGGUUGUGUAAGAUGGUGUUUCAAGUCUUUCUAACCCUAAGAGUCCCUGAGAGGCACAGGGUGAGCAUGAUAGAGAAGUCAGCCAGUGCUGCUGCUUAGUAUAUACACUCUUGCUUUGGAGGUGGUAUGACCAGCAGAAAAGACAGCAUGAGGCUCUGGUUUCAGAAUUCAUGGGAACUGAUACACUGCCAACUAAGAGUCCCCUCAGAGCAGAUUCUGAGCUUUCACGCUCCACAAAUCCUCAGAUGCAGUGGGAAGCAGGAAAAGGGAACCCUCAAUUCCCACUGAGGAGAAACAGACAAGAUUAUAGAGUAAGCUUCCUAAGCUUAGAAGAAAUAGUCUUGACCCCUUGGGUCUGCUCUGUUGCCCUCACCCAGCCCACUUUCUACAUAGUCCCUCAGGAACUUGAGUGUUCCCCAGUUCAGCCUUCAGCAUUGCUCCAGGCCACAGCAGAUGCGUAAAUCCCAAAUCCCCAAGAUUCGUUUUAAAGGUCACCAUCCUUCCCCUAGCAAAUACUCUUUCCCCAUAGUUGUCCUGUGACUCUGGUGUCUCGUCUCUCCCAGGACUAACUUUGGAGAGAUCAUUGGUUUGGGAGUCAGGAGAGCAUUGUUUUGGGAGCUUUGGUCCUAUUUCUGCCUCAAGCCAAGUGUGUCAUCUUGGACAAGUCAUUUUGCCUCUUUGUCCUUUUGUUUUCUUGUCUAUAAAAUGAGGAAAUUGGAUUAGGCGGUCUAGAAGUCUUUCUCAGUUCUGAUAUGUUCAGUGUUCUCUGGAUAAUUUGAUCUACAAUUGACAUGGACUCAGUUAUCUGGUCAUUUCCUCCCCUGAAAAUUGUGGUCAGCAAAAGGGAUCAUGCGGGGAGGUUACUAUAAUAGUAGUAACGGUAACACCUACAAAUUGUACCGUGCUUUAAAGUUUUCUGUGUGUUUCCACAUACAUUAUCUAUUUGAUAACGUGCAGGGUCAGACAUGUUCUCUUAUUACAGCGGGACCUGUCACACUCUGCUUUCAGGAUCAGUGUUAAAUUCAUGUAUUAUUCAGAGAAACAAAACUCACGUAUAUAUAUAUACACACACACACAUAUAUACAUAUAUAUAUGAUUUAUUAUAAGGAAUUGGCUCACACAAUUAUGGAGGCUAAGAAAUCCCACGAUCUGCCAUUUGCAAGCUGGAGACCCAGGAAAGCUGGUGGUGGUGUAGUUCUGAGAACCAGAGACCAAUGGCGUAAGUCUCAGCGGAGGGCAGAAGACUGACAUUCUAGCUCAAGCAGUCAUCAGAAAGUUAAUUCCCCCUUCCUCUGUCUUUUUCUUCUGUUCAGGCCCUCAAUGGAUUUGAUGAUGCCCACCCACAUUGGGGAAGGCAAUCUGCUUUACUCAGUUCACUGAUUCAAAUGCUAAUUUCAUCCAAAAACACUCUCACAGACACACCCAGAAAUAAGUUUAAUCUGGGCAUCCCAUGUCCCGAUAAAGUUGACACAUAAAAUUAAUCAUCACACUUCAAUAGAAUUAAAUGGACUUGAAGUCGGGGCCUGCAGUCUAUUCUUUAUCGACCUUCCUCUUGUAGGGCUACUUCCAGACCAUGCCAUGACUUCUUAUGUGGCAAGAGAAAUUAGUAUCGUUGUCCCUUCCUUUGCCUAACAUCUCUGCACUUAUUUCUUUUUACAGUUCUGUCUCAAUUCAUUGAAUUUCAUGAUCCCAUAUGAAAAAUCACAUUUAAAAUGAACUUAGUGUGUCUGCAUUUUCCUGGCCUUCAGUCAGAGAAGGAAUCUGUUUCAGGUGGCUAGCAAAUAUAUGUUAUCAUGUAGAGUUAUCCUUUUCUGGGAUGAGGAAGGCUCCAUUUUCUGGCACUGAGACUUUUUAUUACAGACAAAGGUUUAAAUUCCAAUCUAGUCAUGCCCAUAGAGCUUAGCAGCAUAAAUCUAAGAGAUGCGACAGAGUCCAUGGUGAAGGCUUAGUAUGCAGAAUUUAAAAGUAGCUCGAAUCUAAAUGAGAAGAAUGAAGCUAGGAAUUAUUUAGAAAAAGAGAUAGGAAAAGAGAUGAGAAACUGCGGGGCCUUGUUACCUUUGUAGUAAGUUAUCCUCUCCAUGAUAUAUGUGAAAUAUUUUAUGUCUGGAUUGUGGUUUUGGGCCGUCAGAUUUAAAUUUAUACUCUUGCUGGUUAAUGUGCUGAUAACUAGGUCCAAAUCUUGAUGUGCUGUCCAGACACAUAUGUGCUCAGAAAGAUCUGUAGGGGAAAGAGGCACCCGAGGGGGAAAUGUGGUUUUAAUGCUGUGGAAAGAACACUUUCGAGUGUACAAGAUGGUAUAACAGAGAGCAUUGUAUGGAAGUGGAGUGAAAAAUGAAUAAACGAAUGUGCAUGAGACUGAAUGGGGAGGCGGGUGGGGGUUAGAAAGAAGGUGACAUAAAAGAGGUAAUGGAGAAUGCUCCAGAAGGACUGGGGAAGGUCAGGGCAAGCAAGGUAGAAACAGACACGCUGUUGAGAAUACAUUCUGAAGCAUGAAAGCAAAUCUCUCUGAAGAGAGAUCUGAGAGAUGGCAGAAAAAGUAAGUGUCUUGAAGAUAAAAGAUAAAUAUGUAUGGAGAGAGAAGAAACUCUGGAUGAUAGAGAUUAUAAAAAUAUUUAUUAAAAAAUGAGAAGUCAGGUGCAGUGGGUGAAAUGGAAAGGGGCUUUUCAGGGUUUUAAGAAAGGGGAAGUCCGUCACGAACAUGAAACACAUCAGCAACCAUCACGGAGGGAUCUUUUCAUUUCAGAGGGAGUGAGGAAGCGAGGCUGUUCGAGCAUCUGCGUAUUCUAGCUAGACCACUUCAGGUGCUGGGGUUUAAUGCUGGUGAGAAGAAAUAAACUCUUUGCCUGAACUGGACUUGGUUUUCCAAGUGCUGCUUUGGAAAUGAAGACCCAGAGAUGGGGAAUUGAUGGUAGUUCACGGAUCUUUGUGUUUCCCUCUCUUGCUUCUGUUAAUGAAAUCCAUUUUAAAUAAUGCUCAUCAUUGCUGUGCCCAGAAAGGCCAGAGGGAAACGCUGAAACAAUAGGCUUAAGUUAGACUAGACUAAAUCUUGUUUGAUAUCUGCACAAAGAGGUAUGUGCCAUGUUGGAACCAUGUGUUUUUCCAGUCCCGUGCAGGAUUCCCACAAGAAAGCCAUGAUGCGGGGCUAAGCCAUGUGUUUUGAGUAAAGGAGAAAAGAAGAAGGGAAGUGUCUGAAAGAGGGAAAAAGAUGAAGAUGUUCCAAGGAAAUAUUCUAAAACAGAACAGCAUCUGUUUUGCCCAAAACUAAAAAGAAUGAAGAAAAUUACAGUUAAGACUUAGAAUACUCCUAAUAUAUAGCUAUUAAGUCUUUGAUCCUAAAUUGAAUUUAUGGACCUGCCAUCUUCGUCUUUUCAGUGAGACCUCUGACCUCUGGCAGUGCAUAUGGUAGGUCCCUAAAUGUUUCUGGAAGUUGCAGAUCUAGAUCUACCCUGGGAAAUCCUUCUGAAUUAAAAUUUAACAUUUUUAUAGAAACAGAUUAAUGCCUUUUCCACUUGGUAAAUGUCUUGAAAUGCUGAAUUGCGAGGGAAAGAGACGGGAAUGGUGAUUCAAUUUCUGGCAUUUUGAGUUCUCUGCUACAAUUAGCUGCAUUGUUUGGUGGCAGAGUGUGGUAGGUAAUUGUUUAGUUGCCGUAUCCUUUUUUUUAAACUUGUUAUCUUGAAAUAGUUUAAGAUUCACAAGAAGUUGCAAAAAUAGUACAGAAUAGACUUACCCUGACACCAGGCCUUCCCUACUGGUAACUGUCCAUUUUCAAAACCAGAAAAUUGACAUUGGUCUAAUACUAACUAAACUACAGACUUUACUCAGAUUUUAUCAGUUUUUCACGUGUACUGAUUUCACUUCUGGAUACUUUUAACCAUGCUGAUUUGUAACCCGUUCUUGCUUGGAUGCGGUGGGACAGACACUAUCUGGAUACAAUACCACAAAAUUCUGAAGAGAAUAUAACAAAUUAACCUGUUCCUUUAUCAAUGAGCAAUAUCCUGCCUAGACUGGGUCCACAUUUUCUGACUAGUUUGGCUGUUUAGCAUCUAGAACAAUCCGAAAGCAGCUUAGAAGGAUUCAGCAACACAAAAGACAGUAAGACCUGCCCAUAGCUUGCUGCUAGAGAAUCAGGUAUGGAAGGAUAUUGUAGAUGAUUCCUGCAGUUCCUACAAUGAGUAGGAUUUGUAAUGGUGGCAAGGAGAGGACUUUAGAGUAAACCAGUAUUUUGGUCAACAGCUAGGUGGCACUUAGUUAACGGCAGCAUAGAUAGUUUGUGGAAAGGAUGGAGUACAAUGGUAUAGACCCCUAAUGUGUGAUUAAACACUGUGUACAAAAUAGUAGAGACAUUUCAUUUGCCUAAAUAUCUGUUCUUAAAGAGAGUAACAACCGCAUUGGACCAAAUUAAAUACGAACAUAGCAGCAACCUGGGGGGAAGGAGAAAGUCUGGUUUUGUGAAUUACAGUUUUGAGUUUUGUGAUGGCAUUUUUAAGCUGCCCUAUUUAAGUGUCAUAAGAUUAUAAGAGUGAGCACCCAGUCAAUAUUUGCUGAAUGUUGUUUUUUGAAUGAAUAAAGAUGGACACAGAAACUUGUCAUCCAGCAUAACUGGGGUGAAUUUAGGGAGAAUUGCUUUACUGUAAUAUAGAGGGUUUAUUUUUGUAUGAGGAAAGAGAAAAAGUGGCCAGACUUGUACCUGGUGAAAUACAUCCUUUAUUUGUAUAUUUUCUGAUGGUGAAAUCGAUCUAUGGAAAUACGUUAUUCUUUGAGGUAUUUAGACAGCAAUGCAAGGUAGUUUUCUAGGGCACGUCAUCAAGAGUAGACCCCAGACUCUGGCCCCAAAUCCAGUCCAUUUGAAACAAGCUUUUUAGUUUCUCCUGCAGACACCUUGUCAACAACUUCACGGGUCUCUAAAGAAGAAGGAUGGGAGUCCCAAACUAGCCUGUGCUUACCCACAUUCACAACUGCAUGUAAAGGAAGAAUUUGCAACGAGACUCAAGGGAAAGCACAAUGGGAUAAGGUAAUCCCUUUGAAUGAAAAACUGUUUUCUUGACAAGAGGCUUGGAAAUAAUUGAAAGUUGGCAGGAUUCCUGCAAACACACCAAGAGUUUGUAAUCUAGCCUAUUCAUUUUAUGUCCUUUACUAUUCAUUGAUACUGCUAUUCUUCUACCCUGUUGUCUGGUAACUUUUUCUGAGGCUUGAGUUUCCGAAGCAAUGUGGUGCAUUCUUCCUAUGAGGAGGAAACAUCUGGGCCUCAUUCUGCAGGCUUUGGAGGAUAAUGUGUCUUGUCAAGGGGUACAUAGCAAACUGAUUUAAUUUCUGCUUAAAACUAUCAUAGUCAUUCCAAAAUAGAAUGCGUAAAAAUUCUCUGUAUUAGAAAAAGAAAUGAGAUACCAAUUGUAUAUUUUCUUUUCUUUAUUUAUUCUCUGUAAGUCUGUCAGAUGAUAGAUUGUAAAUAACAAUGAUUAAAGAAAUAUGCUACUGAUGGA